AUGAAGAUGCUGACGAAAUUCGAGUCCAAGUCUACGAGGGCAAAAGGCCUGGCGUUCCACCCCUCUAGGCCAUGGGUGCUAGUUGCGCUGUUUUCGUCUUCGAUUCAGCUAUGGGACUACAGAAUGGGAACGCUCUUACACAAGUUCGAGGACCACGAGGGCCCCGUGCGGGGCAUAGACUUCCACCCUACGCAGCCUCUGUUCGUGUCCGCAGGUGACGACUACACCAUUAAGGUCUGGUCUCUGGACACUAAGAAGUGCCUGUUCACAUUGAACGGACAUCUGGAUUACGUGCGCACGGUUUUCUUUCACCGUGAACUACCCUGGAUUAUUUCUGCCUCGGAUGACCAGACCAUUCGCAUCUGGAACUGGCAAAAUCGUAAGGAGAUCGCAUGCCUGACAGGCCACAACCAUUUUGUGAUGUGUGCUGAUUUCCAUCCAACCGAGGACCUGGUGGUUUCUGCGUCGCUCGACGAGACCGUUCGUGUGUGGGAUAUUUCGGGCUUGCGCAAGCGCCACUCGGCCCCUAGUACUUAUACUCUCGAGGACCAGAUCGCGGCUCAGCAGAACCUGCUGGAUGGCGGGUUUGGCGACUGUGUUGUGAAAUUUAUCCUUGAGGGCCACGCCAGAGGUGUCAACUGGGCCAGUUUUCACCCUACCCUACCCCUAAUUGUUUCUGGUGGUGACGAUCGUCAAGUAAAGCUGUGGAGGAUGAGCUCCACCAAAGCUUGGGAAGUGGAUACCUGCAGAGGCCAUACCAACAAUGUCGACAGUGUGAUAUUCCACCCACAUCAAAACCUGAUCAUUUCGGUUGGAGAAGAUAAAACCAUCCGUGUGUGGGACCUCGACAAGAGAACUCCCGUAAAGCAGUUCAAGAGAGAAAACGACCGCUUCUGGCUAGUAAGAGCGCAUCCAAAUAUCAAUCUCUUUGGUGCCGCUCAUGAUUCCGGUAUUAUGGUAUUCAAGUUAGACCGUGAAAGACCUUGCAGCGCAAUCAACCAAAACCAGCUUAUUUUUGUCAACAAAGAGAAGCAAGUCCAAACUUUUGACUACAACAAAAAAGUGGUGUCGCUUCCUUAUGUGUCGCUUAAGAACAUAGGGCAUGCGUGGAAUGCUUUUAGGAGCUUAUCCUACAAUCCAUCCCAGCAUUCGGUGUUGGUGAACUGCUCCGAUAACCAAGGUAGCAAGUUUGCGUUGUGUCCAUUACCAAAACAGGCAACUGGCGCCAUUGAACCUACUGGGGUACUCGAGGACUCUGGCUCCUUUGCCACUUUUGUGGCACGGAAUAGAUUUGUGGUCUACAACAGUUCAACGUCUUCGCUUGAAGUACGUGGCUUAGACAACAAAAUCACAAAGUCCAUAAAAAUUGAUGGGGAUAAUACCGUCAAGGAUAUCGUAUAUGGGGGACCCGGAUCGGUGUUAUUGUUGCAAGCUAAAUCUGUGACAUUGUUCGAUGUUCAGCAAGCCAGGAAGCUAGCUGAAGUUCCCUCCAAAAAUGUGAAGUAUGUUAGCUGGUCUUUGGAUAACCAGUUCAUCGCACUGAUGAGUAAACACACAAUCACGAUUGUAACCAAAAACCUGGAAGUCGUGACUUCCAUGCACGAAACUAUUAGAAUAAAGAGUGCAGCCUGGGACGAGACUGGUGUAUUGAUAUAUUCCACAUUGAAUCACAUAAAGUACACCUUAUUGAAUGGAGACAACGGUAUCAUCAAGACACUGGAGAACACUUUGUACAUCAACAAAGUCCAUGGUAAAUUUGUUUAUGCUCUCAACCGUGAAGGCGAAGUGGAGGUGGUUACCAUUGAUCCAACUGAAUACCGCUUCAAGAAGGCUUUGGUGAACAAAAACUUCCCAGAAGUUUUACGUAUAAUCAAGAACUCGAACCUUGUUGGCCAAAACAUUAUCUCAUAUCUGCAAAAAUCCGGCUUCCCUGACAUUGCUUUGCAGUUUGUGCAAGAGCCACAAACUAGAUUCGACCUUGCCCUAGAAUAUGGCGAUCUUAAUAUUGCAUUGGAAGAGGCCAACAAACUUAACAGCAGUAUUGUCUGGGAGCAGCUAGGUAAAGCAGCCUUGCAACAGGGAAAUAUUGAGAUGGUCGAACUGGUGUACCAGACGCAAAAGCUUUUCGACAAGUUAUCGUUCCUUUACCUGAUUACUGGUGACCUCUCGAAGUUGUCGAGGAUGGAAUCCAUUGCUGAGCGUAGAGGAGAUAUCUCGAGCUUAAUCCUGAAUACCUUUUACAGUGAUUCCGCUGAAAAGAGAGGGUCAGUUUUUGCUCAAUCAGGUGCUCUACCGCUAGCCUACGCGAUUGCCAAAGCUAACAACGAUGAUGAUGCUGUAGCUCAAAUACUCGAGAAGGCUGGCGUCGAUGAAAGCGAUGUUAAAUUGCCAAAGAACUUGACUUCAUCUAGACUUUGCAAAAGCCCCGUUGUGUCUGAGGCUAUCACUCAAUGGCCGCUAGAAAGCCCCGGUGCCUCGUUUUUCGAAAAGGCACUAUCGGGUCAAGUUGAAGGCCUGAGCUUGGAAGAAGGUGCAGAUGAAGAAGAACUAGAGAGAGACGCGGGUAUAGUCGCUCCAGAGCCAAAUGACUUUUCAGACGAGGAAGAGGUUCUGGAAGACGACGGCGGCUGGGACAUCGGCGAGGAGGACCUUGGAUUAGAGGAGGACGCUCAAGAAGCUUUUUUGGCUGACAAAGGUACCGCAAAGAUCGUUGACGAAAACGAAGUUACCCAAUGGACCAAAAAUUGCAAGCUGCCAUACGUUCUGAUCGCGUCUGGCGCUUUUGAAGCAGCUGCUCAAGCACUGAACAAGCAGGCAGGUGUGGCGAACUUUGAGCCUUUGAGACCACGUUUCCUGGAAAUUUACGAAAGCUGCAGGACUUACAUGGCAGCAACGCCUGCUGAAUUGCCAAGUAUAACGGGCGUUAUUCGUGCAGUUGCCGAAGAGGAAGAGCGCGGAAAGCUUCUGCCAUUCGUUGCUGGCAUCGAUGUGGUAACCAGUAAAAUGAAUGAGGGGUUUUCGCUCUUCAAAGCAAACAAGCUUGAGGCUGCAAUCGAGAUUUUCCGUGAUGUUGUCUACAUUGUAACUUUGUUUGCUACCGACAACGAAGAGGAUGAGAGCACAGCCCGCAAGGCGCUCGCAAAAGCUCGUGAAUACAUUUUGGGAAUCACCAUUGAGUUAGCCAGGCGCGCUCUGCCUGCUGACCAGGUGAAACGCAACUUGGAAUUGGCUUCUUACUUCACUACAACUAAACUUCUUCCUCCUCACAGAAGCACGGCUUUCCAGGUAGCGAUGUCGCAGUCCUUCAAACACAAAAACUUUAUCCAGGCGUCUUAUUUUGCUAGUGAGUUCCUCAAGAUAGUGACAACAGGUCCUCGUGCCGAUCAGGCACAGAAGGUCAAAGACCGCGCUGAUCUGAUGGCACAUGAUGCUAUUGAGGUUGACUUUGACCCUCACGCCGAAUUUGCCAUCUGUGCAUCUACGCUCACCCCGAUCUACAGUGGUACUCCAACCCUGUCAGAUUCUCUUACCGGGGCCAAAUAUCACGCUUCAGAGAAGGGUAAACUUGACGCUAUUGCAUUGAUUUCUAAGAUCGGAACCCCCGCGUCUGGUCUACGGAUCCUAAUUUAG